AUGUUCUGCCGUAACAUUCCUAAUCUUCCGAUCUGUACAUCAACGAAUUCUGCAGCUAUUCACGAGUCACCGUUGCGAUUUAAUUACAACACCGGAGAAGUGAGAAUGUCGUGGAACCAACCGUAUCCAGUUAUUCUACUCCAAAGAAUUGAUCUACCCGAUUUCAAAUUGGUCAAUUUCAGUAUGAUUGCAGUGGAACAGAUGUACCCUGCCGGGUUGUGGGAUGGAUUGACAGUUUCUUUUGUGUUCCAACGAAGACUACACUUGAAUGUGAUUGUACCUCUUUACGGUUAA